UGUGAGGUCGAAAUACAAGUGAGAAUUGAAUUGUACCAAAAAAGAGUGCCUUAUCCGAAACAAACAGAGUGAGGGGGGAAAUGGCGAACAUACAAUCACAGUCUGUGCAACUCGCAAACCCAUUUCCGCUUUCUUCUUCCAAACCUCAUCUUCACAGGCCCUUCCUUCUCUUCACCACCCGAGCCACCGAUUCGGACCCAUCGCAACCCGAAUCCGAGCCACCCGCCACCGCCGACGACUUCGACAACCGCAUGAGCGAAUUCCGCCUCCGUUACCGGAGCGGCACAGGAAAGAAGGCGGAGCUCCGAAAGAGCCGAAAGUCCAAGAAGGGGGCUUCCGGGUCGGGUUCGGGUUCCGGCGUUUACCUUCCGCCGGUGCCUCUGAAAGAACCGGUAUCUGGCGGGUUGAAGGUGGAAUUAGGGUUCAGCCAAUACAGUGAGCGGUUGAACGGGCGAAUUGCGAUUCUUGGAGUGACGGCGCUGUUGCUGGUGGAGCUAGCAACGGGGAAAGGCGUGAUCAAGUACCACACACCCUCCAUUGUUAUUGUUCAGAUCUAUUUUGUUGCUGCAGUUUCUGCUCUUUAUGUUAAGUAUGAGAAGGAGAAGAUCAGUGUUUGGCCUGAUUCUUCAACUAAUAAAUGAUUUUCAAUUUUGAAACACUUGGUUGUUCGGUUUCUUCACCCUAAUUGUCACGUCACGGAUGCUAUUUUUACUUGUGAAAAAAAAAAAAUUAUUGUUGAGCUUCAAUUUUCAUGUCAAAAUUUGAUUCAACGAAUGUACACAAGGGGUAACAUGUAACAAUCUAUUAGUGUUAUUAUCAAUCAAUUUUAG